GGUGACAGGCGCACGCCCCGCCCUUUCUCCUCCCAAGACCUGCGGGCUUUUGUUAUGCAGAUGGCGGCAGGAGGCUGAGCCUGAGGAGGAGGGGGUUGGUGGGGAGGAGGAGAGACGGAGAGGGGGGAGGAAAGUGCAGCUCGCGCGACCAGCCUCCUCUUCCAACGUCACAUUGUGCGAGAGACAAAACCCGGGCGCGCCGGAGCUCACACGCGCACGCACACACAUCCGACCCCGUCGCCUCUUCUCUCCUGGUGCUGCCCAGAAAGCCAGCCCUCCCUUCCCUUCUUGGGGCGCAGAGGCUCAGCCAGCUCAGAGCGCAGCCUGGAGCCGACCCAGAAGGGCGAAGAAAGCACGGCGGACGAGCCUCCUUUCUCUGCUGCCUGCCCGGGCUGGGGCGUCCCAUCCCCCGCCCUGAACUCCGAUCUCUCCCACCCCACCCCUCUCUGGGUUUCACCCGGACAGAGCCCGGAGCUGGGUGUCGCCCCCGUUUGGAAUCCACGUUUCAGCACUUUGGACAGCGCCCCGGACGCCCCGGCCCCUUUGGGUUGGCGAUGGCGAGCGUUCAGCAAGGCGAGAAGCAGCUUUUUGAGAAGUUCUGGCGAGGAACCUUCAAAGCGGUAGCCACCCCCCGUCCCGAGAGCAUCAUUGUCGCCAGUAUCACGGCCCGCAAGCCGCUGCCAAGGACAGAGCCCCAGAAUAGCCCCAUUGUCCCAGCUCAGGAUGGACCCUCAGAAAAUCUGGGUCAGCAUCUGGCCACCGAGCCCUUGGGCACCAACAGCUGGGAGAGAGACAAGACCUGUCGGGAAUUGGGUGCCACUAGAGGACACAGUGCCUCUCAUGACAAAGACUUGACACCACCACCUUCCUCCAGGGGAAAGAAGAAAAAGAAGAAAUCCACUCGGAAGAAGAGAAGGAGGUCCUCAUCCUAUAGCCCAUCACCUGUCAAGAAGAAGAAGAAGAAAAGUUCCAAGAAACACAAGCGACGCAGGUCAUUCUCCAAGAAGAGAAGGCACAGCUCCUCUAGCCCAAAAAGCAAAAGAAGAGAUGAGAAGAGGCACAAGAAACAAUCUCGAAGCCGGCCCCGAAAGUCUCACCGCCACCGCCAUCACCGCUGCCCCUCGCGGUCCCAGAGCUCGGAGUCCCGCCCCUCAAGCUGUGAGAGCAGGCACCGCGGCCGGUCCCCUGAGGAAGGGCAGAAGUCCCGCCGAAGGCACUCCCGCCGCUGCUCCAAGACCCUCUGCAAGGACAGCCCUGAGGCCCAGUCCAGUCGCCCACCCAGUCAACCCCUCCAGAUGCUUGGCUACCUGUCAGCCAGGGGUGUAAUCACUGGGUCGGGGUCUGCUGCUGACCUCUUUACCAAAACAGCCAGCCCGCUCACCACCUCGCGAGGACGUUCCCAGGAGUACGACUCAGGAAAUGACACGUCCUCGCCACCCUCCACGCAAACCAGCUCAGCCAGGUCUCGGGGCCAGGAGAAGGGGAGCCCCAGUGGGGGCUUGAGCAAGAGCCGGGAGCUCAACAGUGGCAACACCUCUGAUUCAGGGAACUCCUUCACCACCUCCUCACCCCAGAACAAGGGGGCCAUGUUGGAGAAUCUCUCCCCCACCAGCAGGGGCAGAGAGUCAAGGGGAUUUCAGUCACCGUGUCUGGAAUGUGCCGAAGUGAAGAAGUCCAGUUUGGUCCCAUCCACAGCCCGGAGCUCACCCAUGAAAGGGUGCUCCCGCAGCUCCUCCUAUGCCAGCACCCGAUCCUCCAGUCACUCAUCCCGAUCCCCAAAUCCCAGGGCUUCCCCCAGGUACACCCAAAGCCGAUCCACCUCUUCUGAAAAAAGGUCCUACUCCCGCUCUCCCAGUUACUCCUCCAAGUCUGGCAAGAGGAGCCCGCCCAGCAGAAGCUCUCGGUCCCGCCGCAGCCCUAGCUACUCCCGCUACAGCCCCAGCAGGGAGCGGGAUCCCAAAUACAGUGAGAAGGACUCCCAGCAGCGGGAGCGCGAGCGAGCGCGUCGGAGACGUCGGUCCUACUCGCCUAUGAGAAAGCGCCGGAGAGACUCCCCGAGCCACCUGGAGGCCCGGAGGAUAACCAGUGCCCGGAAACGCCCCAUCCCCUACUAUCGGCCCAGCCCCUCUUCAUCCGGCAGCCUCAGCAGCACCUCCUCCUGGUACAGCAGCAGCAGUAGCCGCUCGGCCAGCCGCAGCUACUCCCGGAGCCGGAGUCGGAGCCGGAGCCGGAGCCGGAGACGGAGCCGGACCCGCACGAGCAGCAGCUCUAGCUCCCGCAGCCCUAGCCCGGGCUCCCGCAGCCGGAGCCGGAGCAGGAGCCGGAGCCGGAGCCGGAGCAGGAGCCGGAGCCGGAGCUACAGCUCAGCAGACAGCUACUCCAGCACGAGGCGCUAAGUGCCCCUGAGCCAGCUGCCCGUGGGGGCCCCUUCGCGCUGCCAGCCUCCCCCAACCACCUGCCCUCCCCGCCUUCUUGGUGACAGAUAGUGAGGGCUCCUAUACCUUGUCCUUCCUGCUUGCCUAGGGGAAGAGGAGAAGAGGGUAAGGGGGCUUCACUCUCUAGAUCAACCUGCUAGGAGCCUCUACCAGCAUCAUCCUGGGGCCCAGCUCAGGCCUGGGCAUAUGGAAAGAACCAUCAUCUUGUGGCACAAAAAAAGAAGAAAGAAAAGAAAACCUCAAGGUUUUGUGAGAAGCAAUGGGUCUGUGACUCAAAAAUUGAGCCCUGGCCAGGAAAAUGUGGAGACAGUUCUUCUCCUCCACUGCUCACAGGAGACCUGUGGUAAUUCUCCCCACCUCCCCGGAUGCUCCCCUAGUCCAACUUCAUGGCUGCACGUGGAUGGACCCCCAUGUCUGAGAGAGGUGAAAAGAGGAGACCAAUGGCAGUUCAGGUUCAAGAUAACGGGGUCAGGCCUUUAACUUCCUCAAACAGGCCCAAGCAAAGGCUGGAAGACACUUGGCUCCUAGAAGAAGGGAUAUCCUUGAAUACCAGAUGUGGACAUUUGACUUGGUGGGAGGUGUCAGGAGAUAGGAGUUGGUUAAGAUGAUAGAUAGAAAAAAGGAAGGGUUCAGCUGCUGCUCCCAAUAUCUCAGCAUGGUAAGGGGACAGAGCCCAGCAGAUCCCAGCUGUGGAGAGGCCACUGCACGGCUGACACAAAACACCUCUUGGCCAUUCACAGGGGCCCUGCAACCUCACGAGAAAGGAGAUAGUGGAAGAGUCAGGACAGGUUGGUCUCCAGCCCCACUUCCCAAAUAUGCCUCAGCCCCACUAGCUGGCACCAACUUAAUUCCACGGGACCAUCUGCUGAACAUUCCCCAGUGCCAUGGCCAGUUGCCAGGCCCCAGCGCCAGCCAGUCUGGCCUUACCCUCCGGUUGGCGCCUGCCAGCCCCCUCCUCUCUGCCCAGGCUGCCACGCCCUGGAUGCCACCCAGUGCAGCCUGGCACCUACCCACCCACCCUUCAGCUUAAGCCACUCCCCUUGCCUCUCAGGAAUUUUGCCAGGAUGGGGCACAGCGGCUCAGGUUUGGGGGAAAAGACCCGAAUCCAGAGUGCAGGGGAGAGGGGCUUGGAUAUGCCAUGUCUUGGGCUCCUGCUGGCUUCUGGGGUUUCUUGUCAGCUUGGGAAAGACCCACCUUUAUUUUUGCCCUCACCCCAAGUCCCCCCUGGCUGGGGCUGGGCAGAGAGGGUAAGCUGAUCUCCGAUACACAAAUACCACCAGCUGCUUCAUCCACAGAAGGCGCUAAGAACAGGGAGGUGAGGAAUAAGAUCCUUAAAAUAAACUCUUGGGCAUCCCCCUCACCAGCUGACUGGCUUUCCGGAGGCUUGUGGGUGAGUUUCAAGUUUGUGGUGGCAACAGCAGCAGGACAGGGCACGGAGGGAGCGAGGGAGAGAGGACUGGUCCCAGCUUUUGGAUAUUUUGGGUUAUGGGGAAGCAGGGGCCAAACAUUCUUUAUCCCUCCCACCCCAGGGAAAACAUUUGGAAAAUAGUCCUUUUUCUUGGAAGCAGUGACGUCUCCCUACCCAAUCUUUCCAUCCUAUCAACCCAUGAGGCUAGAGACUGUCAUGCAACCACCACCACGACAGCCCUUCCUCCAUCAGAAGACAGGAGCGAGGGCCCCGGGCAGCAGUGGACGACCCAGCCUCCCCAUACCGGGCCUCUGGCCCAGACCUAAGCCCUGCCCACAAAGACUAAUGGAUGCCAGUACUGUCACUGCAGAAGGCCAGAUGGCAGGUGCCUGGGACAGGGGCAGGUGCCCCAGGGAGGGCAAGUACAGCCACUGUAAAUAACCCUCGUCCCUGCCCAGGAACCCAGACUGGACUUCAGUCUCCCUCCAUGGAGACAAAGGCUUCCCAGAGCCACCAAAAACCUUCUUAGCAGGACAGCUGUGAGAGGCAUCAGAGCCUCACGUUCGGACUGCCUUCAUCAAGACAACUCUAGGGGACCAUUUUGCCUGGGGCUCCUAGCAAACCUUUUUAUUUAUUUUAUUUAUUUAUCUGUUUAUUUAUUUAUUUAUGUGAUGACUGUCUCUCUCGCCAUUAGCAGUAUUGAAUUAUUUAUUUAUUUAUACAGAGGUUUUGUGUGUGUGUGUGUGUGUGUGUUGGGGGGAUCUCCUAAAUUAUUUUUUGUGCAUCUCCUUUUUUUUCUGCUGUUUUUUAUGGAUGGGAUUUGAGAGGCCAAAGGUGAGUGGGCUAUUGGCCUUCUCCCUGAAGGCUCUAAGCCUGGAACACCCUGGGGUUGGCCCAGAAGGAGGCACAUCAAUCCCAAAAUUCAUCACUUAACCCAGCGUCCGGGAGGGUCAGGCCUGUACCCCAGCCUCCUGUCCCCCAGGAACCUCACAGGGGUAUCAAAAAGAUGUAAACAGCCCAGAGGCUUAUGAGCUACAGUGAUGAAUUGACACAGUGGAGUUGCAACUUAGGUGGGGGUUGGAGUCGAAAGUUGGCAAAUGGGGCCAAGGCUGCAUAAAGUCGAAAUCCCUUGUGAAUGUCCCUUAGGGAGGCACCAGAUUGGAGACAGAUGUGCUAUCUCCUAGCAGAGUGAUGAGGCUUCAGUUGAGUACUUACUGAAGUAGUUGCCUUGUAUUUUGAGGGCCAUGGUGGAUGAAAAUGAUGUCUGGUUUAGUACUGGAAUUGCACUUGGGGUUGACAAGGUGCUCACACCAUGAGAAUGGAGGCAGGAAUUGAGCUGACUGAGGGAAGAUGCACAUUGAUCUCACCCUCACUCCAAGGCACAUAGCAGGAUCACUCCCUAGCUUCUCUGAGCACACCUAGUUGGUUUCAUGUAUGUUACACAUGCUUCCACUCCACAGUACCUAAUUUCUCUCUGUCCCCUGAGAUCUGAAGGCUACCUUGGGAAGAGGCAUCAGCCAUCUUGCUUGAGAACCACCAAGCCAAAAGCAAAAGUUUUUAUCUAUGAUCUCUUGCUGUUCCAUCAGGGGAAAGCACAAAGCUAUUUCUGAAAUUAGGAAAAAAGAAAAAAAAAGGUGGAAGGAGCAGCCAGAUGUUCCACAGGACCCCACCAAGAAGGUCAUUUCCAAACCCAUCCUGGAAGGGCCCAGGAUCCAAAGGUCAUCAGUCCUGCUUAUCUGACCAACUGGCAGUGUCUUCUGGCUGCUGGCCAGAGACAGCUCUUGCCCUUUCCAAAGUCACUGUCCACUGCCUUGCAAUUGCCAGCUUUUCUGGUCCAGCUUUGGGUUUGGUGAGACUUUUGCAACAUCCCUGGUUGUUUCCCUGGCAAUGUGACUAUCCAGCCCUAACCCAAAGCAAGGGAGUGCCCCUUUCCUGGGGGAAGUUUACAAGAAGGCUGCUUAAAUGCCUGCUUCGGGGAAAUCUCUGCCUCUCUCUCUCUCUCUGUCUCUCUCUCUCUCUCUCUCAGUGUAUUUCUCUACUUUCUUUUACAUUUCCUUUCUUUCUAUCCAAAAACAAUGUGCUUGUUGAGGCACUGGUAACCCUGAUUAACCAGAACCUCCCAUUCCCAGUAUCGCUGUUCCUACUCCCAUUUCACCCUCAUUACCUUCUGCUUCCAAGGAAUAUGACAGAUCACCAGGAUGCUGCUCGUCGUGAGGAUUUAUCUCAAAAACCAACAUCCAAAAUGGGAGGGAGAUGUGGCUUGAGGUCAAGCACCAUGCAUCCCAAGCCUUUGACCUUCCCGCUAUGGAAGUGCACUGGAUGACAGAAACUGAAUACAUUGCUCCCUUUCCCUAGGGCAAAGUUCCCACCUCUGUUAAGUGGAGGGAUUUGUGAGAUAAAAAUUCAAAAUGUUGGCCUGAGGCCUGAGAGUGUCACCAAAGACAGAGGGAGCUUCACCGAGACUCAGAGGGAAAAGGAAAAGAGCCUCAAACAUUUUUAGGAGGUUCUCCAUCAUGAAAGUAAAAACGAAAAGCAAGAUUUGAUCUCCCUUCAGUUAAUUAGGCAAGGCUAAGUAACUCAAAGCCCCGUAUUAGUAACAUUCUGGUUCACUGAGGUUUGAUCAUAUUCCUAUCUGCAUUCCUUCCCUUCUUUGAAGGACAGCUGAUCUUUCAGAAGCAGAAUAAAAUUAAGAUGUUAGAACAAAGGUCUCAGUCUCAGAGAACCGCAUCACUUCAUUUGCUCAGACCCAUCCUCUUUUGCAAAAGGGUCUGCUUGGAGAGGCCAAAAUUCAGGGUGCUCUCAAAGGCAAAGAAAGCACAUUGUUUUCCUUCUCCAGUCCAACUUUCAUCUUUUCUUCUGCUGUUUUCUUUUCCCCUCUUCUUUUUCACAAAUGUUCAAAAUGGUCACAUGCACAUGUGUCUUGCCCCGCUUUCCCCUUUAGCUGAACAGAAAAUUUUGUCUCAGUAAAACGAAGUCAAAAAACAGGAUUCCUCCAAACAUGCCUCCUCCCGCACUGGCCAGCCGAGUCCAGCUGAGAAACUUAUGCUAGAUUCGAUGUCAUUGAGCAAUGCUUUAUUGAAAUCUCGUUCUUCUCACUUCUGCACCAGUGAGCCAAUGAUACUGACAGAAAUGUCAUCUCUCCUCUAUCUGUGGUUGCUGUUUUUGGAGUAAAAGUUUCUGUGUGUGUUUUUUUAGUUCUUUUGAUGGCUGCUGUUUUGCAUUGUAAAUACCAUGCUGGGGGACCCCCAUCAGAACAUGGCUUAUUUAAUAAUUUAUUUCCUAUUUAUUGAGUAAUAUUGGGAAAAGAGAAGGACCACCUCUUUCCCUGAAUUGCUAUUGAGAAUUGGUCCAUCUCCCAGCUCCAGGUGCUGCUGUCUGCAGCAAGGGCAUUACUGCCCAGGUAAGGAGUGCUAGAAUCACCAAGCAAAUUGAAAUUGGCAGAAAUGGAGGCUUCAGUCAUACAAAUUAGACUCAAAUGGAACUAAAACACUGGUUAUCUCCAGGAAAACCUCAUUUAGAUGGAAAUUAAUUGAAGAAUAGAAUGCCUACACAUGAACCAACUUCUAUUAAAAAGUCACAACUCCUUGAAAAAAAAAUAAAGAAAAAUUGUAAACUCUUUUUUUUUUUCUGGCCAAGGAAAGCUAUGCCUCAUCUUCUAACAAGCCAAGCCAAAAAGACUGCAAUGGUAUUCCUAUGUGUUUCUUUGGCCUGUGUAUCAGUCUGAAUGAAACGGAAUGGGUCUCUAGCUUCAGUCUUGUCAUCUGUAAAAUGGGGCUUGUCCUAUAUAUUAUCUGCAAGAUGUGGGAAAUGGGGGCUCAAGCCCUGAUGCUAUGGACUCCAUACUGUUGGAUAUAUUGUCCCUUGUGUCUUCUGCUGACUGCAGAUUAAAGGGUGUCAACCAAGGAAGGAAACAAAAAAGUAGGGCCUGGACUUCAUUUGCAGAGUGAGGUCACAGUCGUUGAGUCCCACAGUCAUAUAUGGGAGACCUCAAGUUGCUGUCACCUUGAUAACUCUUGUAUCCUGGGUUAAAGCCCUCUGUAUUUAGUUUGAACUUCUCUCUAAGCCCCGUGGUCCAAAGUCAUCACGGGAGAGACCAAGAUGGGCUUACCUUGCCCUGCUCUGGAUUUAACCACUGUUCAUUGUCAGGCUAUAUUUUUGUACAAUCAUUCAAAUAACCCAGUGACAUAGGUCAUAUUACCACUUUUCAGAGGAGGAAACUGAGGCCCAGGAGGGGGAGUUGACAUGCCCAAGCUCCCUUGAGCUCAGAUGGGCUUGACUCAAUGUCCAACGUUCCCUUGGUAGCUUUUUCUCUGGGGUCCUGUGCUAUAAGAACUUCUCUCUGCACUGUAUUUUUUUUUCUCCCAAUUCUUAGCUAUUUCCUCAAGCAAUGAUUGGCCAAGGACCUAGCAUAAUCCACGACAUUGGCCAAGGGGACGUGGUGCACCCCAAGGCCAUUUCUCUGCAUUGGAGGCUGCGAAUCUCCUCUGGAAAAUUCCCAACCCGAGGACCCACCAUGAGCCCAGCUCAGCCUGACCAGACAGCCUCUGCCUGGAGCAUCCACAUCAGAUGGAAAGAAGCUGCUGUGUCCUCCAGCAUCCUGGGACCCUGUCCUCUGCCCAGUGACACAGCAGCCAUGGCUUGCUUGAUUUCUGGUCUCCAAAGCUAAGCAUAACCUUCCCGGGGUUUCUGGUUUUUCAGCCUGUACGAAACAUGUCUCUGUUCUAAUUAAAGGUCCCAUGGUAUGGUGUUCUCAUA